UACCUCUCACAGGCAACUUUAUGCGUUUUUAGAUUUUCAAAAAAUGUUUUUAAGCAUUUUGAAUUAGGAUGAUAUCGGCAGUGUCCUCACAAACCAAAUGGUAAUGCCUCUGUCUUACCCAUAUCAUUAAACACAUUAGUGUCCCUAUAAACCACACACACACACACACACACACACACACACGGGUUUAGUCGCGUGAGCACGCUGCUCUUCUCUCGUGCAGAUUUAGCUGUAAUCUGAUUUCAGCACCGCGGACAGUGACACCCCGUCCGUGUUCAUUAGACCGCAGCGACUCCGUUUAAGCGCUUUUAACUCUUUCCCGUCUCCCUGUGAAAGCGCUCACUGGACGCAACCCUCAAAAUAAACUUAAGACCCACAAACGCUGCUCGUCGUCUUUUCGCUCGCUCCUUAUUUUCCACGAAUCGACCGGCGGGUGUUCCUUCGGGAGCGCCGUUCCUGGAACCGCGUUUGGUGAACGUUCGAAGUUUGCGUGCGCGCGCGCGCCUGCGCAUGUGCGCGAGAGAGUAUUAGCGCGAGCGCGUGUGUGUAUGUGUGUGUGUGUGUGCUGUAGGUGGAAGGGGAGCAGGAGCGCACAGAGUCCCGUCGGUCCCGCGGUGGAGUUGCAGAGGAUGGAGGUCAGACCUGAACGCUUUAAAGCAGCGGCGGCGAAAACGCUCGGGAGAAUAAACCGGGUCCUCGAGAAGCGUCAGGAGAAUGGAGAGACGAUCGAGUUGUCGGCAGAAGGUCGUCCAGAGCUGCAGGAGGAGAAGGAGCUUCCGGUGGUGGACUGCACGUGUUUCGGUCUGCCGCGCCGCUACAUCAUCGCCAUAUUAUCAGGCCUGGGCUUCUGCAUCUCUUUCGGUAUCCGCUGUAAUCUGGGCGUGGCCGUGGUCAGUAUGGUGAACAACCACACCGUCUACAGAGAAGGCAAGCCGUACGUCGUGAAAGCUCAGUUCUCCUGGGAUCCAGAGACUGUAGGAAUGAUUCACGGCUCGUUUUUUUGGGGAUAUAUAGUCACUCAGAUUCCUGGAGGUUUCAUCUGUCAGAAAUUCGCAGCUAACAGGGUUUUUGGUUUUGCGAUCGUGGCCACGUCCAUCCUGAAUAUGAUGAUUCCCACAGCAGCACGAAUGCACUUCGGCUGUGUGAUUAUAGUCAGGAUACUACAGGGGCUGGUGGAGGGCGUAUCUUACCCAGCAUGCCACGGGAUCUGGGCGAAAUGGGCGCCGCCCCUCGAGCGAAGCCGAUUGGCCACAACAGCGUUCUGUGGCUCGUACGCAGGAGCAGUGAUAGCCAUGCCGUUAGCUGGAGUUCUGGUUCAGUAUUCAGGCUGGUCCUCGGUCUUCUACGUAUACGGUAGUUUUGGCAUCUGCUGGUAUUUGUUCUGGAUCCUGGUGUCGUACGAGAGCCCAGCAGCUCACCCCACCAUCACUCCAGAGGAGAGGAAGUACAUCGAGGACGCCAUCGGAGAAUCGGCUGGACUGAUGAACCCGCUGACGAAGUUCAACACUCCCUGGCGACAGUUCUUCACGUCCAUGCCCGUCUACGCCAUCAUCGUGGCCAAUUUCUGCAGGAGCUGGACCUUUUACCUGCUGCUCAUCAGUCAGCCGGCGUAUUUCGAGGAGGUGUUUAAGUUUGAGAUUAGCAAGGUGGGAAUCCUCUCAGCUCUCCCUCAUCUGGUGAUGACCAUCGUGGUGCCGAUCGGAGGACAGCUGGCCGACUACCUGAGGACUCACAACAUCAUGACCACCACCAAUGUCAGGAAACUCAUGAACUGUGGAGGUUUCGGGUUGGAGGCCACGUUUCUUCUGGUCGUGGGUUUUUCUCACACUAAAGGAGUUGCCAUCUCCUUUCUGGUCCUUGCUGUUGGAUUCAGUGGUUUCGCUAUCUCAGGGUUCAAUGUCAAUCACCUGGACAUCGCUCCACGUUACGCCAGUAUUCUGAUGGGCAUCUCUAACGGCGUUGGGACGCUCUCUGGCAUGGUGUGUCCUCUGAUUGUCGGUGCCAUGACCAAAAACAAGACGCGGGAGGAGUGGCAGUAUGUGUUUCUCAUUGCAUCACUUGUUCAUUAUGGUGGAGUUAUCUUCUACGGCCUAUUCGCGUCAGGAGAGAAGCAGCCGUGGGCGGAGCCAGAGAACAUGAGCGAGGAGAAAUGCGGGAUUCUGGGAGAAGACGAGCUGGCGAAUGAAACAGAAGAGCUUUACCGCUCAGCGGGCGGCGGCUACGGAGCCACCAUCCAAUCAGGUGACCCCAAUGGGGCGGGGACUGGAGGGGGCGGAGCUGGAGGAAGCUGGGCCUCAGACUGGGACAAAACAGAGGAAUACGUCCAACCUGUGGGAACAAACAGCUUCCUGUACGGAGGAGAGGGCAGCGAGCGGAUGAUUGUGAGGCUCAGAGAUCAACAGUAAAGCUGGAAGGGAACGGGAGGCUGGAAAACAAAGACUGAAUAAUCCUCCCCUACAGAAACUGACUGGAACGGAGGAAGAGGUUUUGACCCAAACAAGAAAAAUAACAUAGCUUACUUCAAAUCUUGAGUGUGUAUGUGUCCGAUCUGAGUGCAUGUGGACAUUUACUAGGCCUGAAAUGUGACCAGUCAAAUGUUUGGACGUUCAAAACAUAAUUUUAAUCCUUGUGUCCAAACGUUUGACUCCCUGGUCCUGUAUUUUAGCAAUCAUCAAAAGUUGAGCGGUACUACGUUUAUGAAAUAUUCUGCCUAAAUUGUGACAAAAUUGUAAAUGGUGGUUCCUACCAAUGAAGUCCUCUUUUGUAGAGCUAAAGUAUAAUUCCAAUUAUAAAAUGAAACCAGAUUUAGGGAUUUGAUCUCAUGUGCCAAUACUGUGAGGUGUGUGUAGUAUUGGUCCCUUUUCAAUGAGAAUCUCCUAGAUUAAUACACAUUGAACUACUAGCAGUGUUAACUACUGGGAUGAGCUUAUAGAAGCGUACUUUGACUUUGAUAGCGAAUUCUCUUUAACCAUUCAUUUUUUUGAUCUUUUAUUUAUAUUUUUUAUGUAUUUAAUCCGUAAGAACAUAGUAAAGAACAUUAGUCAUUUGUAUUAACGCUGAAAUAUUUCUUUUGUUUCUAAUUUAUUUAAACUAAAAAUCAUGUUCAGCCUUUAUUUUAUUUAUUUUUUGGUUCUAAGUCCGACGAAAUCGAUGCCAAGCGCUGACCGAAGGGCUUCCACUCAAAGUGAGCAGCAGGACAUUAAAAGAUCGCUCAGAGACCGUUUCCGUUUCACCGUUUAGCUGUUGAACUCACGUAUAGAUGAAGACAGAAGCAUAAAUCGGUAGUUGAGAAGACAAAGCAAUAACACAGUUUAACUCAAAUUAAAGUCAGAUGUUAUUCAGCACUUUCUGUCUUUCCAGCAUGGCACGUGACUCUCAUGUACUCACACACACAUCAGCAUAUUAAAGAUGUAGUUCACACAAAAAUGAAAGUCAUCAUUUGCUCACCCUCACAAACCUUUAUGACUUUAUUUAUUUCGCGUAAGAAUCUCUUGCGCUUUGCAUAAACUUAAAUCUUGUGACAAAAUGUCAUUUCACAGCCCGUGAUUAACCAAAAAUGAAUUAAAUUGGGAAUAGAAGUAUUUCCCAGCAAUAAAAAUAUUUUUAAUUGGAUUUGAAAAUUGGAUUUUGCUUUUAUAUAGGAAUUUUUUAUAUAUUCAUUUAUAUGAUUUUAAUUAAAUGAUUCAAUUUCAUUGUGAAGAAUUUUCUUGCAUCAGAGCUUUUUUUUGUAAAGAAAAAAAAAGGAGCAUUUUUAUUAGGUGUCUGUUCAUAUGAGGUCGUAUAGACUGCUGUUAUGAUGAUUUAUGAUGCUUUUUAAGACUCGCUGUAGUUGUAUGUAAAUGAGAAUCUAGCACAUUUUAUUAAAUGACCUUCUUUAGUAAGCCAUGCAGGUUUGGAACGACAUGAGAGCGAGUAAAUGAUGACAGAAUUUACAUUUUUGGGUAAACCGAUCCUUUAGUGUCAACCAAGAAGCAGAUCCCAUAGAAAUGACCUGAUAUUUCUGUGGUUAUCUCUCUGAAUAAUUAAGAUAAGGCGAUUCACUUAUGAUGAAAUACCAUCUCUCUCUUUAGAAGGAUGAGUUUGUAACACAUCACUGCGUUUGUGUCUUUUUCUUUCUUGGGGCUUGUUUCCUGUGUAUUUGUUCUAUGUUGUGAAAUGUGAAUGUAUAAAAAAAAUCUUGUGAUAAAGCGACUUACAUGAUUAAACUUCA